CUCCCGGGCAGGCCGCAGGGGGCGGGCCGGGCCUAGCGCAGGCGCCGCCGGGGGCUCGCUGCGCAGGGCUGCUGGGCCCGGGACGGCGGCUCCAUGCGCUGCCAGGUCUCGGUGCUGUAUUUCGCCCGGAGCGCGGAGCUGGCGGGGCUGCGCAGCGAGAUCCUCUCGGUGCCACAGCAGAUCACCUCUCUGCAGCUCUGGGAGGAGAUCGUCAAGGCCCACCCCAGGCUUGCUGUCAUCCGGGAUCAAGUCGUUUUUGCUGUUCGGCAGGAGUACGUGCUUCUUGGAGAUCAGCUCCUGGUCCUGCAGCCUGGAGACGAGGUUGCUAUCAUCCCACCAAUUAGUGGAGGCUGAACCUGCCCAGAUUCUGUUGAGUCCAGACAUGUGAUUGCCAUUCUCUUCCUCCACCCCAGUACUAUUUUGAGAGAGCCUAAUGUGUGUUUCCAUCUAGAAAGUACAGUUGUGCUGACCAGAAACUAUAAGCCAGUGC